GCUGCGCUGCUUCCCAGCCGCCUUCUCGCUCUUCCUCCUCCAGCCCCGAGGAGCCGUCGGCGUUUGCGCCCCGCACGCCCGGCCGUGCUUGGCAGCGUCGGCUCCUUUCCCCUCCCGGCCCGGCGGGUUCCCCCUGCGGCCGGGGCGGCCGCCGCGCGCUGCCUCACCCGCUGUUGGCGGGCAGCGAAGCGAGUUCCGGCCUCUGCGUUCUACUCCGCAGGGGCUCCUCCUCGGUGGGCUUUUGUUCAGGGCAGCGCUGCGGCCGUGUCAGCCCUGAUAGCGCUUAUCGGCGGCACGCAGCUCCUGCGCUCGUCUUGGCGAAAUGUAUAGAAAUAACGAAAUGACUUCUUACUUUUUACCAGAACUGCAUCCGCUUUUUUUUUUUUUUUUGUUCCUUAAAGCAGUUAAGAGAUGGUUAAGAAAAGUAACGACAGCCUGGAUGCUCAGCCCAGAAGGGCUUUCGUGCUGGAGGAGGCGGGGAAAUGCUGGUUAUUUCAUUUUAAUUACGUCGAAGAGUUCUUAGUGUUUCCAAAACGUGUAUGGUGUUGGAUUUGAACAAGAAUAGAAGUAGAGUGAACUUCACAUUUCUUUGAGUAAGAAGCAAUAAUGCAUCGAAGGCAGGGAAGAGUCAAUGCUGGACUGCUUUUGCUGCUUUACCAGAUUUCUCAAGUUGGACUUCAGAACAUUCCUUCUGUUACCCUCGCAGUGCUCGUACUGAAUGUUUUUUUCUUCCUGAAUCCCGUGAGGCCGCUGCAUGAGGCGUGUAUCAGUGUGAGGGAAGCUUUCUACAGACAGAAUUGGCAGCGUUUACUGCUUUCACCUGUCCACCACGUUGAUGACUGGCAUUUAUAUUAUAACAUGAUUUCCAUGCUUUGGAAGGGAAUAAUGUUGGAAAGGAAACUUGGGAGUGUGUGGUUUGCAUACAUAAUUGCAGUAUUUUCAGUGCUGACUGGAGUUGUCUAUGUGCUGCUGGAACUCAUGCUUGUGAAGAUUCUGAACGAUCCUUCGUAUGAAAUGAGUUGUGCUGUAGGCUUCUCGGGAGUCUUGUUUGCUCUGAAAGUUCUUAACAACCAUUACAACCCAGGAAGAGUUAGCAGUGUCCUUGGAUUGCAGAUAUCCAGCAAGUAUGCUUGUUGGGCGGAGCUGGUGGCAAUUCAUUUCAUUUCCCCUGGGACUUCUUUUGCUGGCCAUCUGGCAGGGAUUCUUGUUGGACUGAUGUACACAAUGGGUCCUCUGAAAAAGAUCAUGAAAGCCUGUGCAGGUGGCUUUUCUUCAUUCACAGACCCUGAUAGGCCAAGGAACUACUACUCAGGUUAUUCAGAGUAUUACAGAUAUCCAGACGAUCAAUACAGAACACCAAGGAACUAUUAUGAUUAUACAGGUGGGCUCAGUGAAGAGGAACAGCUUGAAAGGGCAGUGCUAAACAGUCUGAAUGAAAGAAGUUUUGGUGGAGAAACAUACAAUAAUGAGCGGCGACCCUACGGUUUUUGGUUCCCCCCUGAGCACCGUUCAGAAGAGGAAAUGCGAAGGCAGAGGCUUCGUAGAUUUUGGAGACAAUGACAGUGGUAUGAGAUGAACAACUCUUCUGGGAUUGGGAUGUCAAUUGUCACUUGAAAAGACUGCCAUGAGGACAACGGCUGGAUCGCACGAGUCUAGGCUUAGACUUUUCAUGGAAAGGAAGAUGCAUAAGCCAUACAAGGAAUAGAUUUAGUUGUUAACUUAUACUUUUUUAGAAAUACCUGUCUUCCUUUUUAAGAGGAUUUGGAAAUUAUAUUGAAUUAUAUUGUGCAUAAGCUGUUUAUAGAGCUAUAGAAAUUCAGCUGUUCAACUCUAUAUGUAUCUCAUUUGAGGUCCAGUCAGCAGAGGUAAUAGUUUGCAGACUGGUGGAGGUCUUGCCUUAAUACAGUGAACUUGGAAUUCUUCAUUUUCUAUAACGCAUUCCUGGACUCAAUUCCGGAAUAGCUGACAGCAGAGCUGGGAGCUUGGCUGUCCCUGUGCACAGGUCAUCUAUUCACUGCCCUGCUGGUGGCAUAUCUGUCUGUUCAAAGAUGUUAACUAACAAACCUAAUGCUUUUUUUGAGGAUCGUUCUGAAAAACCAUUCAUUGCCUAGACUUAUUUUUCUUGUUUAUGGGAAAAAAAUCUUCUGAAAGAUACUCCUAUAACUAUUUUAGACCUGAAGAGAUGUGACUGAACAAAAAUGAUUUAAUUUUUGUCUUUUGGCACAGAAUUGUUUGAAACUCUUUAGCACUCACUUAACGUGGUGCUAGGAUGAGCAGUUUAAUGAUUUCUUUUCAGAGAGAUGAUCACCAACCUGUGUUACAUGAAGUCUGUCUCUAUGAAGUUACAGAUCGAGUGUAAAAGAGGAAAAAAAAGUUACGUGGUUUAAAUAGAAUUGAUUAUGUGGUUUAAAUAGAUACCUCCUGCUAUUAAUGUAUGUUGGGGAAGUUUAUAUUUGCUGCAAAACACGUAAGCUGUUCUCCCACUAAUGUGCCAUUCUCUUUCACCUUCCUACCUAUUCCUGGUUGUACGCCCAGCAGCUGCACACUGUUAUACUGGAUAUAAGGUUCAAGGGUCUGAGAUCCCAAAGGCAUGAAUGAACUUUGGAUGUAAUUGUUUAGGUGAUAUAAAAAUGCUGUUGAUAUUAUGCACAGUGUUUUCUGUCAGAUUCUAAAACAAAGGAUAAGUAAUGGUGAAUUAUUGUGUUCUUUGUCUUGGUUUUUUUCCUGAUGUGUGUGCCUUGGUUGUUUUUCAGUAUAUUCAGUAGCUGCAGAAUAAAAAAGCAGAUACUCAUACCUUACUGUAGGCUAACUUUCUGAUAUUUAGUUAAAUAUCAAAAAAAAUGCAUAGUUUGCACAUUUUGCUCAGUGUGUAAUGAUGUGUAAAGGAGGAAGUAGGAGAACUGUUUCCUCAGACAAAAUGUAACACACUGGUCAAAUGCUUGUGCAAUUUACUGUCUAUUAUUUUAAUUAAAAGCACUGCACUUCAGUAGUUAGUUGGAAGAAGUAAAGCAAAAACCAAGAUGAAGAAUGUGAUUACAACCACGUGAGUAACACAGGACGUUCCUCAUGCUUACAUUUUGUUGAAUGUUUGCCAUUAAAUUCUUAAGAAAACCUCUCAGUACUAAUAGCUGUUCAGCUGUUUUCAUUUUUUGUGUAAAAAAAUUGAAAUAAAGUUUGUUU